GGGGGCUGAGGUAUAUUCCCAAGGCUACCACAACUACAGACGGUUGGGGAACGUCGGGCGACCGUACCGGUUGAUAUUGCGACAGACGACAAGCAUCCACGUCACCAUCGGUCUUCCUAUGGUGUACGUCUAACGAGGGAAUGAUUGUCGGCUGUAUUUGCGGGGCUCCUGCACAACAGUUCCCUACCUCUUUGAUAAUCGUGAUCUUCGUAUUAGUACUAUGAGAAGAUCCCAGCCUCUAUUCCUUCUAUCGUUUUGCACUCCACCGGGUUUCCUUUUCAGCAGUCCAGUGUCUACCCCUUCCUCUCCCUUUUCUCAAAUCGCGGAAUAUUAGUCAAGGAUUUGUUUCUAGCAUAUCAAUUAUUCGAACCCUUGAAGAUCUUACACUUGCGCUCUUCUCUCUAGGCGUACCGAACCCCCCUCCCCCCCAAACAGUCAUGUCAAGACAACCCAAACUUCGUCCCAAGUUACACAUCUCGGGGGUCUCAGAUGCCAUGUACGAAUUUUCUACAGCUCCGUCACUAUCGCUACUUGAAUCCCGCAGGGACUUGGGUGAAGAAAAGCCGGACCAGCGUGUUUUCCGGGUCAAACGGAAACAUGUCCUGAAAGCAUGCGAUCGCUGUAGAGUAAAAAAGACCAAGUGCGAUGGAAAGCAACCAUGCAACCGCUGUUCAGCAUAUAACCACCCGUGCCUAUUCAGGGAACGGAAGGCUACACAACCAAAAGUCUACUCUCGAGGGUGCAGUGGAAUCUUUCAUCCCUCGUUCGUUGAGAUGCUAGAAUCGCAUCAUUCACUCGUCGUUAAAGCACUACAGAGGCUUUACAAGCUCUGCGUGGGGAAGGAAGGAUUCCCAGGCGAGCCUCUGACUGAGGCCACUGACGGGUAUCCUCUAACGCACGCCAUUCUAGACCGGCUAGGGUUGAUAAAACAGGCCGAGGAAAUCUCCGAGGAACCUGAGGAAGAGUCUGAAGAUCUCCAAUAUCUCCGAUUCAUGUCCAACUCUACUGACUGUAGCGCCACCGCGGAUCCAUCCCCCGAGCCUGCGACUCCUCCUGAUCCGCCUCUUAGCACCUGCAGCCCGGUCAACGUUUCCCCAGGAGGCCCUGCCCCCUUCAAGUGGGACUUUCAUCCAUCAGCCCCGCCAACCCGCCCAGAGUCAUAUCACGGCUAUCCGCAAGCAGGGUAUCAGGGAUUGGUGUUAUUGCGGCCAGCAUUGGAGCCCGUAAGCGUGCCAACUGAGGUAAAAUGUGCUGUACCCGUGCCUUCAUCAGCGACGGAUCAAGGGCAGUCGUAUCUCUACUACGCUGAUAGUAGGAGCAAUGGUGACUCAACAACCAGCCGCGUUCAACUCGUAGUAACUACUGGGCCUGGGCCUGGGCCUGGACCCGUUCCGGCAAUAACACCAUCCGGAAUGCCUAGUGGGACUGUCGAAGAGUACAGCCUCCAACUUCAAAGCAACCAACAUAUAUACCCUUCUUUUGCCUCUGGCUGGACCUACCCUUGUGGCUAGCCGGUCUUGCCCGGUAUAUUCACUGUUUGCUUCCACGCAAUAAAUUCCCCUCUCCUCUCCUGUUGGCGCUUGUGUGCUUUCUCUGAGAAUUUCCCGUCUGCAGUCAAAGAAAGCUUUCAUCCAUUGAUGUAAUUUCACGAUAUACCAAAUUUUGAGAUCCUGUUCCUGCUUCCCUCCCCUGACAUCAUCAUGUGUGUGUGAAUACUCUAAAGUCCGAGGCCUUAACAUCUUGCCUAUAUUGCACCAACCCUAGUGGAUAGAAAGGGGAUGGUGGAGCUAUUCUACAUAUAAACCCGGCUCAGCUCCCCCAGUCAACCUUAAGAGAUGCAGGCUUCAUUCAUCCUUUAUAUAGGGUAAGAUUCAGGGUGACUGUCAUUCUUUCCCACCUCUUAUCACCAUCUUCAUUUUUUCCCUACUAGAGCUGCAAUCGUGACUUUCUAAUAUACAUACAUACAUACCCCAGGAGCUACACAGAUCCAUCUAGCAGAG